CCUGUUGUUGGGAUGCGCCACCCUGGCCAGCAGCUGGGUACAGAAGAGACAACACAUCCUCUGAGAUUAGAUACUGCUGCCUCAUGUCUUGGUGGCAGGGAACAUUCUACAAUACGCUUGAGAAAAAUCCAUGCAUCGAUGUUCAGACAGCCCACUACAGGAUAUAAAGCAGAGCACAGCGUUACUGUCUUACAAGCUCUCCGCUGAAGACUAUAUUCUCCAUCCUCAUCGAUUGAUUUCCGAUCAGCUGUUGGCACCGCGGGUAAUCCACGAUGAGCGACGCAAAAGCCGGUUCUUUGACCAGCGUCUCCGACGGCCGCGUAGACUCCGUGGCAGAGAUGGUGCAAGCAGGUGAUCCGAAGGAGGGUCAGGGAAGCAAGUUUUAUGUGUACUUCUUGUCGUGUUUCGCCACCGUCGGGGGCUUCCUGUUCGGGUAUGAUACCGGGAUAGUAUCUGGAUCUAUGCUGUUGAUUAACCCCUACUUUAGUCUAGAAGACCAAACAGUAUGGAAGGAAGCUAUUGUCAGUGCAACGAUCGCCGCAGCGGCGAUCUUCUCCUUAGUGGCCGGUGUGUCCACGGACUUUCUGGGCAGGAAGAAGACUAUUAUGUUGGCGAGUUUUGUGUUCACCAUUGGAGCCAUUGUGAUGGGCGCUGCACCUGACAAGGAAGUGUUGUUGGUUGGGAGAAUCAUCGUUGGAAUUGGAAUAGGGUUUGCGUCCAUGACGGUGCCGGUGUAUGUCGCCGAGGCUGCUCCUUCAGACAUCCGGGGACGUCUUGUCACCCUGAACCAGCUCUUCAUCACCAUCGGCAUCGUCGUCUCCAGCCUCAUCGCGGGCGCAUUCAGCCUCCUCAAACCAGAGGGUUGGCGCUAUAUGCUUGGCCUGGCCGGACUGCCGGGGGUGAUCCAGUUCGUUGGGUUCUUUUUCCUCCCCGAAUCUCCCCGUUGGCUGGUGGACAAGGGCCGGUUGGACGAUGCGAGGGCCGUGCUACAGAAGAUCCGGGGCACAGUCAACGUUCACACAGAACUGCAGGAGAUUCAGGACAACAUCGACACUGACAGGAGGAACUCUCCUGGAGGUAACGCGCUGCGUCGGAUCUUCACCACCCCCCACGUGCGGAAGGCGUUGUUCAUUGGCAGCGGACUACAACUCUUCCAGCAGCUUUGUGGCAUCAACACGGUCAUCUACUACAGCGGCUCCAUCAUCAAGAUGGCAGGGUUCCCAACAGAGUACGCCAUCUGGCUGGUGAUGGUGCCCAACUCAGUCAACUUCCUUGCCACGUUCCUCGGUAUCUGGCUGGUGGAGCGGCUUGGGAGGAAGAUUCUCACAGUGGCCAGUUUCGUAGCUGUGACGAUCGCCCUCGUCGUCCUGGCAGUGGGCUUCCAGCUGUCCGCGGUCUACACCCCACACAUCAACAAAAACACAACAGAACUGAUGGACAACGGAACAGCUAUACACGACAAGUGCGCCACAUACAGUCUAUGUGAGGCCUGUAUCAACAACAACAAGUGUGGUUAUUGUUUUGAAACAAACUCAGAAGAGCCAGGUGGCACAUGCCUUGCGCCGUCUCACAUUGACAAACAGAAGGAAAUAGAUUCCGAGUUCGGUCGGUGUAAUGACACAGCCAACAGCGACCUCACCUACGCCGUCGGCUACUGCCCCACAGACUAUUCCUGGAUGGCAAUCCUCGGUUUGACGCUCUUUUUAAUGGGAUUUGCACCAGGGUUAGGACCAAUGCCUUGGACCAUAAAUUCAGAAAUAUUUCCCCUCUGGGCACGUGGAACCUGCAUUGCCAUGACAACAGCUGUAAACUGGAUCUGUAAUCUCAUAGUGUCCUUCACCUUCCUCACACUCACUGAAACGAUAACAAAAUACGGCACGUUCUGGCUGUUCGGUGGAAUCUGCUUCCUGGGGAUGUUGUUCACGCUAGUGUUUGUGCCAGAAACGAAGGGGAAGACGCUAGAGGAGGUGGAAAUGUUGUUCAUGACGCCGGCGAAGAGAGACGAAUACCGGGCACAGAGUCAACAGUCCGCGGAGAAAUAUGUAUACACUAACACCCAAAUGUAGUGGACCUGGGUUGCAGGGACAAGGGUAGAAUGAGGGUACAAGGAAGGUACAUACAGGGUACAUACAGGGUACAUAUGGAUUACUACAGGUAUUGAGGGGAUAUUGGUAUGGGAAAUAGUAAGUGUGGGUGCUUACACACUUUUUUCGAUACCAGCAAAUUCAUCAAAUUCAAAACAUCAUUGCGAUCGCGCUCAGAUUUCAUUGUAGCUUAUAGGUAUCUCGUCUAGGUUAUAGGUGACGAGUUUCAGUUCAAACUAUGUUUUAUCUCAUAAUUGGAUCAUUCAUGAACGAGGAUAAAUUUCAUUUCGUACUGACAUGUGUGAGUUAAGACAGUGACGUCACAGGCUCCAUGACGUCCCAUAGAAUGGUAUAUGGUCAGUUGACCGUGUGUUAUGAAUUCUUACUGCCUUAGUUUGCUCGUAAUCCUGUUGAGUAAAAUUUGAAAACAUCUUGUAAA